AGCAUGUUGUUCUGUUCUGUAGCUGUGUUAGAGUUCAUAAAGGCAUUCCCUUUUCACACCUGCCAUAUAAAAACAGGUCCAACUCAUCCUGACGUCUGCGACUUCUUGUGUGGGGGUGUUUAACUAACUGGAAAGUGAAAAGGUUUCAUGAAGCCAGUACAGUGAAAAGGGAACCCUUUCGAUGAACUGCUGAACCCCAGGCUGCACUGUCAUACGCUGUUUUCAGACCAGCACGACAGACGUUGUUAAGUCAGCGUAAAGGCAUAGUGAGUACAUCAACACGAACAAUGGAGAACGCUGAAUCUACGGUUUUCCGGGCAAGCAGAUCGUCUGGAAGCAGAUCGUCUGCCGCAAGUCUAACGUUAGCAGCUGCCUCAGCACAUGCAAAAGCAGAAGCUGCCCAGGCCAGAGCUGCAUUUGCAAAGAAAGAAAUAGAAAUUAAACUAGAAAAAGCUAGAUUGGAAGCAACACUCCAUGCACUCGAGAAGGAAGGUGAAGCACAAGCUGCCGCCGCCGAAGCAGCAGUGAUGGAGGACGCUGCUGCAAGAUUGGAAACGACAGUGGAACAUUAUAUUCAUCUGCCCUCACUCCAAAGCGCCCAUGAGCGGACAGCUGAAUACAUAAGAAAACACAGUGAGCCCAGCAUUGAGCCCAGUGAUAAAGAGCCACGUGAAAUAAACAAAGGACAUUAAACUAGAUGAAGGGAUGAACAAAGUAAAAAUUAAGGAAUCAGAUAGGCAACAGGAAUCUGUACCCACAGUCUCAAAAGACUAUCAGCCCCAAAGACCCCCAGAAAACAGUGCCCAUAAUAUUCCUAUGUAUACAACGCCCUCUACUGUCCGCAACCAGUAUUACUCACCCGCUCAAUAUCAUUCUAAUGACACUAAUGAACUUGCUAAAUAUCUAGUAAGGAGUCAGUUGUUAACGUCUGAGCUCACAAAGUUUGAUGACAAACCAGAAAAUUAUUUAGCUUGGAAAACAUCAUUCACUAACGCUACCGAGAGUCUUGAUCUUAAAGCUGGGGAAGAAAUUGACCUCCUGAUUAAAUCACUGGGCCCAGAGUCAGUUAAACAUGCACGACGUAUCAGAGCAGUGAAUAUAAAUAAAUCACCAGCUGCAUUACAACUCAUCUGGGACAGGCUAGAAGAGACCUAAGGUUCGUCAGAGGCCAUAGAGGGCGCUCUUUUUGCAAAACUUGACCAGUUCCCCAAAAUAGGGCCAAAAGAUCACCUAAAACUAAGAGAGCUAAGCGAUUUACUGUUGGAAAUCAAUUCAGCAAAGCAAGAAGGAUAUUUACAUGGACUGUCCUAUCUUGAUACAGCAAGAGGCAUCGCUGCAAUCGUGGAAAAAUUGCCGUAUGGACUACAAGACAGAUGGAUGAUGGAAGGCUCACGCUACAAACAGGAAUAUAAAGUCUUCCUUACCUCCAGCAUAUCACGGCGGGGAGCAAGAAGAUGGGCAGGAGGAAACAGUCGUUGCAAGUUGCACUGAGGUAUGUGGGGAGGGCUUUUUAGGAAAGUCAUGUUCUAAAAUAUGCCUGGUCAGUGUUUACCCAGCUAAUGACCGCAGCAAGAGCAAAAGAAUGUACGCCAUGUUGGACGACCAGAGUAACUUGUCAUUGGCACGCUCUGAGUUUUUCGAUAUGUUCAAAGUUAACAGCCUUGCAGCGCCAUACACUCUGCGGACCUGUUCUGGUGUAGGUCUCACAGCUGGUCGCAGAGCCUCUGGUUACGUCAUAGAGUCCAUAGAUGGCGCCACUGCAAUACAGCUACCAAUGUUGAUCGAGUGUAACAUGAUACCAAACAAAAGAGAGGAAAUUCCCACUCCAGCCGCUGCACAAGGUCAUCCUCAUCUCGAACGUAUUGCACACAAAAUACCACCUCUAGAUGACAGUGCUGAGAUUUUUCUAUUACUCGGAAGGGACAUUCUAAGAGUCCAUAAAGUGCGCAGUCAAAUCAAUGGAACACACAAUGCACCAUAUGCACAGAGGCUGGAUCUAGGCUGGAUUAUAUUGGGAGAAGUUUGCUUGGGCAGCACUCAUAAGCCUUCAGAGGUCACCAGUUUAAAGACUCACGUUCUAGCAAAUGGGAGGCCCACUCAUUUUCCUCCUUGUGAAAAUCACUUCACUAUCAAAUCAGAGACUAAUCUUCCAGAUCGACAGCUAGCUCUCAGUAGCACAAAAAUGAAAGAAAAUGCAAGCAACGUAAGCUUUGGAAGAGAUGUUUUCUGUCAGACUAAAAAUGACAACAAGCUUGCACCUUCGAUGGAGGAUCUGUUAUUCCUCAAAAUUAUGGACAAUGAGUUCACACAAAAUGAGUCAAAGAGCUGCGUGGCCCCACUACCUUUUCGUGAGCCAAGGAGAAUACUACCAAACAACCGCCAGUAUGCAGUUAGUCGCCUCAAGUCACUGCAACGCACACUCAUAAAAAACCCAGAAAUGCAGUCCCACCUCACAGACUUUAUGCAAAAGAUGAUGGACAAUGGACAUGCUGAGCUUGCACCCCCAGUACAGAAAAACAAAGAGUAUUGGUAUUUGCCCUUUUUCUGAGUCUACCAUCCACAGAACAAAUCGCAGAUAAGAGUGGUAUUUGACUCCAGCGCACAGUUUGAAGGUAUGUCACUUAAUGAUGCGUUACUCUCAGGGCCUAACCUAAACAACAGUCUAUUGGGUGUACUAGUGAGGUUUAGGAAGCAUAAAGUUGCAAUAACCGCAGACAUUCAGCAGAUGUUUUACUGCUUUCUAGUAAGAGAGGACUGUAGAGAUGUUUUAAGAUUUGUGUGGCACAAAGACAACAACCCCAAAAAUGACAUAGUGGACUACAGAAUGUGCGUCCAUGUUUUUGGCAAUAGCCCCUCCCCUGCAGUAGCAACCUAUGGGCUAAGAAGAGCUGCACAACAAGGUGAGGAAAAAUACGGGGCAGAUGUGCGUCAGUUUGUUGAAAGAGACUUUUAUGUGGAUGAUGCCUUGAAGUCUGUUCCCACUGAGCAAGGCGCCCCCAAUCUUGUCAAAAGAACACAAGAAAUGCUAGCAGCCUCAAAUCUCCGGCUCCUCAAAAUAGCCUCCAACAAAGUUGAGGUGAUGGAUGCUUUUCCAGUGGAGGACCGUGCCAAAGAUCUCCAGGAUUUGGACCUGUUCAAGGACGACCUUCCUGAUCAGCGAAGCCUUGGCAUAAAAUGGAACAUAAUUUCAGACUAUUUCACCUUUCACAUCCCCCAUACAGAAAAACCCUACACACGCAGAGGGGUCCUUUCAACAGUAAACAGUGUAUUUGACCCGCUAGGGUUUCUGUCUCCAGUCAUCAUCCAAGGACGACUCUUUUUGAGAGAGCUUUCGCUGCACACUACAGAGUGGGAUUCAGCCCUGCCCGAGGACAUGAUAGGGAAAUGGAUAGAAUGGCAGCAGUCCCUACAAUGCCUCAGUAACCUCCAAAUGCCGCGCACAUACUCCAACAUCCCACUUUCUCAAGCCAAAUGUGUAGAACUAUGCAUCUUUUCGGACGCAUCUAUGAAAGCAAUAUGUACAGUUGCUUAUAUUAAAGUUACCGCUGCUGAUGGCACAACAGAAGUUGGCUUUGUUCUGGGUAAGGCACAACUCACCCCCCAGCCGGAGCUUACAGUCCCCAGGCUUGAACUCUGUGCAGCAGUUAUGGCUGUGGAAAUGGCAGAAGUGAUAAGCGAUGAGAUUGACCAUAGAAUAGACAAAAUUGGCUUCUACACAGAUAGCAAGGUGAUCCUGGGCUAUAUCAACAACCAGUCAAGGCGCUUCUACAUCUAUGUAAACAACCGUGUUAGACGCAUCAGAGAGUGGCACUUCGUCGCAACGGAUCAAAAUCCUGCUGACCACAGCUCAUGCGCUGUCCCAGCUUCAGAGUUGCAGAAAACGUCAUGGUUCACAGGGCCGGCCUUCCUACAGUGCUCUUCAGACAUCCAGCCAGAGCAACAUCUGUAUGAGCUACUGGAGCCAGACAGUAAUGCAGAGGUGCGCCCAGAGGUAAGAACCCUCUGCACAAACACUACAAAAACCGUGUUAGACACAAAACGCUGGGAACGCUUUUCCUCAUGGAAAUCACUGAAAAGAACUGUAGCAAACCUGAUUCACGUAGCACAAUGCUUCUCCUUUUCCAAAACAAACAAAGACUGUACUGGUUGGCAUAUCUGUAAAACAGCCAUUACAUGUGAACUGUUAGAGCAAGCUGAGAACAUCAUGAUGAAAAAUGUUCAGCAAGAAACGUAUGCAGAUGAGAUCAAAUGCAUUUCAGCAAAACAAAAUCUUUCCAAACACAGCCCGCUCAUAAAGCUUAACCCCAUCAUUGGAAAUGACAGCCUAUUGAGAGUCAGUGGUCGCAUUAUUCGCUCAGGCUUAGAAGCAAAAGAAAUGAAUCCUAUUAUAUUACCAGGCACCAACUACAUAACCACCCUCCUUGUGCGACAUCACCAUGAAAAGGUUAACCACCAAGGGAGACACUUUACCGAAGGAGCGGUCAGAGAAAGUGGCCUGUGGAUUGUAGGUGCAAAAAGGUGCAUUGGCAAAGUUAUAAACAAGUGUGUUACAUGCAAGAAACUGAGAGGAAAGUUUGAGGAGCAAAUAAUGAGUGACCUGCCAGUAGACCGACUUCAGCUAGAGCCCCCCUUUUCUUAUGUGGACUUGGACACUUUUGGCCCAUGGGAAGUAUUCACAAGGCGUACAAGAGGAGGACAGGCUAACAGCAAACGGUGGGCAGUACUCUUUACCUGCUUGUGCACAAGGGCUGUUCACAUUGAAGUUGUGGAGGAGAUGAGCUCAUCAAGUUUUAUCAAUGCACUGAGGCGCUUUUUUGCGCUGAGAGGUCCUGCUAAACAGCUACGCUCCGACUGUGGCACUAAUUUUAUUGGUGCUCACAAAGAGAUCACAACGUCAGUGCCAGACGAGAACAAAGUGCAACAAUAUUUACAGGAACACAAGUGCACAUGGGUAUUCAACCCACCCCAUUCAUCCCAUAUGGGGGGAGUAUGGGAACGUAUGAUCGGCCUGGCGAGGCGCAUUCUGGACAACAUGUUGCUGCAAGCUGGUCGUGCUCAACUUACCCAUGAAAUACUGACUACAUUUCUUGCAGAAGUCACGGCCAUAAUGAAUGCCCGCCCGCUAAUACCAGUCUCAUCAGACCCAGAGCAUCCUUUCAUUCUAAGCCCUGCUAUGCUGCUCACACAAAAAAUGCAUGCUGUUCCUCCAAUCUGUGACAACAUCGACCAGAAGGAGAUGCUGAAGAGCCACUGGAAGCGUGUUCAGUUCCUCGCAGACAACUUCUGGAGCAGGUGGCAAAAGGAGUAUCUCAGCAGCCUCCAAUCUCGUCAGAAAUGGCACCACAAAAGGACUGACAUUAAAGAAGGGGAUGUAGUACUCCUUAAGGACGAACAAACAAGAAGAAAUGAGUGGCCAAUGGGCGUCAUUGCAAAGACAGUUCCCAGUGUCGAUGGAACCGUGAGAAAGGUUGAGGUUAGAGUCGCUAACCAAGGGACUGUUAAGACUUAUUUUAGACCCAUAUCAGAAUUGGUUUUUCUGUUAUCCGGUGAUGUUUAAGUUUGUUUAUUUGUGGUAUCCAUAGGAUGCCAGACGGGGAGUGUUCUGGCUCUGCCAUUAGUAUUGUGUGCACUGGCUCUUUAAGAGAAUCAGGAAGUGAGUGUCCUGGCCAUGCUGCGCAGAGAUGAUGAUGUAAUGUGAUUCAGACCACGGAGACGGCAUGUUGUUCUGUUCUGUAGCUGUGUUAGAGUUCAUAAAGGCAUUCCCUGUGAGCAUUGCAGUAAAAAAUGAUGUUUAGAUGGAAUAUAUGUUAGAAAGUAGUACAUUUAAGUAGUUCAUUUAAUGUUUAAGGAACUACCGUAUUUCCUUGAAUAGCCGCAGGGGCGUUAAUUAAUUUAAAACCUCCUGUCACUCCUGCGGUAAUUAUUUUAAAACCUCUUCUCACUCCGGCGUUUACCAAAAGGAAUCCAUAAAAUUUAGGCGUGCGCUUUGAGUGUGAUGUAAGCAUACCAUCAUGAAAAGCACAUUUAAUUAAAAAAAACGUUAUUAUGGUCUUACCUGUACUUAUAAAUGGAGUCCAUUUGCAGCUCCUUCUGACCAAAAGCAUCGAUAACUUGUUUAUAGAAGUCUUCAUUAUUUUCUUUUUUCCUUUUUAAAAGUCUCUGUCUCGAUGGAGAUAUUCCUUUAAUUAUUACCUCCUGCUUCCAUUGAAAGUCCAGUUUAGAAAACUGUUUUAUUUUAGAUACCGGUAUGUAAUCCUCCUUGUUAAAAGGGAAAAAAAAUAAUCUCUUGCUGCGUGUGUUCACUUCUUCUGCAGUACCGGAAGUCGCAAGAAGGAUCACUAGCGCGGCAGCGCCCUCUACCACCAGGAGGCGGGAGUCAUUUAAUGACUUAUACAGUAUUUCACACACGCAGCUACGGUAUAUUAAUAAAACAUAGCUGCUUACUGUUCUCUUUAGCAUACUGUACCGGUAUUCAAUAGCUUGGACCUUAAAUCCUACUGAAUAGCUCUUUAUCUUUUUUCCUUUGUGCGAUUGUAAACUACUGAAAGCAGCUUCCUCCAUUUUGAAAAUGAGGACAGAUGCGUCACUCGUGACGUAACGAAUUUGACCCGGUGGAAGUUCUCGCCAUAUGCUAAAUAUUUUGCGAAACGAGUUUGACCCGGUGAAAAUUAUAGACAUGCGAUAAUAAAAUUAAUAUUUUGCGAAACGAAUUUGAUCCGGCUUCAAUAAUAAACCGGCGAUAAGGCCAAGCAUGCGUUAAUUAUUUUGAGAAACGUGUUUGACCCGGCAGUAAUUCUAGACGUGCGAAUACUAUAUUCCCUGCGCCAAUUCAAGGAAAUACGGUAUUUACAAGUCUUAUUUUGAAUGCAUUAUUUUGGCUCAUAUCAAUGUAAUGAGACAGUAUAUGAUUUAUGUUAAGCUUUAAUUAAUAAUUGCUGCAUUAUUUGUGUAUACUGAUGCAUCUAUACUGUAUCUGUUUGUUAUAGUUUCAC